AGCGCGGAUGCAUGCGAGCUACCCACCAGAGGCUGCAUUAGCAGACAUUGGAAAAGGAUUGCUUGACUGACCCAACUGUACCACAGGACCAUACCCCCUUAGUGGACAGAUGUGACUGGAUUACUCUGGAGAUUUAUUAUUUGGUGACUGCUCCUUUUUUCUGGUUUUCUUUUUUUUUAAGGGGAGGAGGAAGGCUUCAUGUAUGUAUAGAUCUUUUUUUCUCUCUCCCUCUCCUCCUCCUCCUCCCAUCCAUGAUUGGGUUCCAGAUUACAUAAAUGUGCGUUUGUUUUAGACGUGAAGAAGGCGCACCACCACUGGUAAGUGGCGAGGUCCAAGAUGGUGAUCAAAUGAGACGGUAUAUUAUCCAGGCAGAAAAAGAGGCUUUCCAGGAGGACCUGGCGAGCUGACUCAGCGUUAGGGGCAGUAGCAACGCAGAAACAAGACUGCAAAUCAAUUCCAUCCAAAUAAGACGUUGUAAAAAAAAAGAGAGAGAGCGAGAGAGACAGAGACAGAGAGAGAGAGAGAGAGCAAGAGAGAGCCUGUUGUACAGACAAGAAACUGAAAUAUUAUGGUUUUGUCAAAUUCUGGUGCUAAAUCACUGCAUAAAUAUCUGGUCCUCGUAAAUAAAUGGGAAUGUGCAGUCGGCUUGGGUGUAGCAGCAGGGUCAAGGAAGCAGCAAAAACAGGAUCCACAAGAGGAUUGUUUUUCAUCUCCAAUCGAGGAUUCCUUCGUUUUUUAUUUUCUACCCAUCCCCUGUACUGAGAUGUUAUAAUUGCUGGUUUGACACACCUUUGCAGCUGGGAUAUUGGACAAUGGAUUAAUCCACCAUUGCGACACUGCCAAAUGUCUGUUUGUGAGGGUGUGUGUGUGUGUGUGGUGCAUAUCUAUUAAUGCUGCCUGUGAGUUAAAUGUCUGUCGCUGGUUUACCGAUUCCAUCUGUUCUGGAUAGCAAGCACUGCAUGCAUUGGAAGAGGUUUUUUUUUCCUUCUUCUUCUUUCUUUCUCGCAUUGCAAGUACCGUAUUCAAUCUCGACAUCCAUCCGUAAUGCCAUGUUUCAAACGAGGUUAACCCUUGCCGCGCCGCUUGCGAGAUGAGCGAGAGUUCUGGAGUGGGUGGCACCGCUGGGGCCAUGAUCCUGGAGGAGCCCGAGGAGAGGGGACGAGCUGGGAGCCACCAGCAGGGCGCUGCCAGGGGCCCGGGUCUCCUGCGCUGUGGCCCCUGCGCCCUCUGGCCCAGACAGCAGACCUGGCUGUGCAUGGUGCCCCUCUUCAUCGGCUUCAUCGGCCUGGGACUGAGCCUGAUGCUCCUGAAGUGGAUCGUGGUGGGCUCGGUGCGCGAUUACGUACCCACGGACCUGGUUAACCCCAACGCCAAGGGUAUGGGGCAGGACCCGAUAUUCCUGUCCAAACCCAGCACCUUCCCAAAGAGCUUUGACACCACCACCACCACCACGGCCGGCACGCGUGUGGUCAGCGCCACCGCCGCGCCGUCGUCCAGCACCACGGUGGUCAACGUGGGUGGGCGAGGCAGAACCCGAGUCAGCUCCACCACGAGCAGAACCACCAUGCCAGGCAGGCAGGGCACGCAGAGAACGCAGAGCACGACCAUGCGCCACGGGCCUCACCCCCCCUUGCUCACCACCACCACCGCUGCUGUUAGCACCAAGGCUAACCAGGGUACCUCCACCUCCAGUUCAAAGACCUCCAACCCCACCGUGCUGCACGACUCCACACAGCUGUGGACGCACGAUCACAACACCAAGCUGCUGGUCGUCACACCUACGCCCACACACAACAGAGGGACGACACCGUCACCCACUCUGCCACCGCUGCGCUCGGAGCACUUCAAGCAAUGCCACGAGAAGGACCUGACGUACUGCCUAAAUGACGGGGAGUGUUUUGUCAUUGAGACUCUGAGCGGAUCACACAAGCACUGCAGAUGUAAAGAAGGAUUCCAGGGUAUACGCUGUGACCAGUUCCUCCCCAAAACAGACUCCAUCUUGUCAGAUCCGACUGAACAUUUGGGCAUUGAAUUCAUGGAGAGUAAAGCAAUUUACAAGAGACAAGUGCUCUCCAUCACCUGCAUCACCACUGGGAUCAGUCUGCUGGGGACCGUCUGCAUGGCUCUCUACUGCCGAAACAAACGACGCAGGGAAAAGCUCCAAGUCCAUUUGAAGGAGGGCCACAACCUCAAGAAUUACCUGGUUAAUGACCCUAACCACAAACUUUGCUUAAGAAGCUUACAGCCGCAACACUACUGCAGAGGCAGCAGCCUCAAUCAAGCACACAUCGGCGUGAAGAGCCAGCCGGGUUUCUCUGAGGGCACAAGGGCUCCAUUCACCCAGUCCAAAGACCCUAAAAGAAAUCCCACUUGUGGGGAGUCCCUAUCUGUCGGCUCGGAGAAGACUACUGUCAGCUGUAAGAUGCCACCCAUGACAAACGGACUGCUGAACCCCGCUUUGGAAGAGAAAGGACACCCGCCAUCCACCUACCAGUAUCUCCAAGAACCUGAGUUCGCCGACAGAGAAGUUGAGUCUGUGAAAGGGCAUAACAUCAGGCCUAAAAGUUACCAAAGACAGAGUUCCCUUAUCAGCGUGAAGUCAGGUGGUGGGACCAAGAUGGAGAGCCAGUCGGCAUGCCAGUUGGAGCGGGGCGCCUGCAUGCUGAACGAGGCCUCCUGCUCCUCCUCCUCUUCCUCCUCAUCUCCGUCUCCGUGCCCACACCAUCUCUUCUUCACCAGCACCGUACCCAUCAUCCCCUCUGUGCUGAGGAACGAGGACGAGGCGUUUUGUAUGCAAAGCAGCUACCACGCGGCGGACACCGAGCAACGGAUCAGCAGCCCAUCCGGCCCUCCCUCCUCCUCCACCACCUCCUCCUCCUCCUCACAGCCACAGCACGGCCCCAUCACACAGGUCACGGACCAGUACCCUCCGGUACCUCCACCCACGUCCACGAUGUCCUCCUCCUCCUUAAGCACCACACACCACCCCAGACAGCACACCCAGAUGGCCCUGCUCCUGGACGAGGCUCAGGAGCAGCUCCACGCGCUGGUCCACGCUACUCAGCACAGGAAACACAGUGAGGUGGCUAGCACUAGCACCGCCCCCUCAUGGCCUAGAGAGACUGUCUGCAUCCUGCUGGGGGGCGGGGCUAGCGCAGGGGGCGUGGCCUCAAAUGGACCCACUGAGACCCAGCUAUUGAACUCCAGAGAUAUGUUGAUGAGCAAAGACUCUACUCAGUGUUGCAAAUAAUACAAAAACAAACAAAAAAAUCUUGUCAAGUGUUAAGGACCAACUGAUAAUCACUUGUGUCUUUACAACAAGUCUACAUGAGGACCUUGUGGGAAAAAUAUGUUUUUCAAUAAGUAUAUAUACAAAAUUGAAUCAUAAAUGCAUAUGUAUUAAUACGGGGGGUGGGGACAGUCUGAAAUGAUUAAAAAAAAAAAAACAAUAUUUAUUUGCAUUUCUAAAAUGAAAAUACAGUCUGUCAUGACCAUCGUGUUUUAACUGUAAAAAAUAUAUGAGAAUAUAUACAAAAAUGUGAAUAUGUGAAAUUGAGAUGGAAACGGGGAAAGAUUGAAACGUUGUAAAGUUACUGUACUUUUUUGUGUCAACCACACCAGGCUCUGUAGUACAUGAUUAAAAAAAAGAACAGUUAAAUACAAAGUUCUACCACUACCUUUAUUUCUGGUCCAUUACUGAUUUUCGUCACCCUCUGUCCACCACUGUCACCCUGCCCAGCCCAGGGCUAUAGUUCCUUCAGUUUGGUUCAAUAGACUACUAGUAAAGACACACAGGCAAGACUUGUCAAUGUACUAACUACAACACACUUUAUGGAAUGGCUGGAUAAGGAGAAUGUAAUUGUAAUCGGACUGUAUUGCUCCCAUUUGAUCAGUAUGGUUUUAAGUGGUCUUGGUGUUUUUUUAAUCACUCCCAUGCCGCCACUGAGACAUGCUUGAAGAAAUGUAGAGAGAGUCCAAGACAAAGAAAAGGCUGGCAUGCAAAACUGUCAGCACUUGACUUGAGUGCACUUAUGCGAAUAAAAUACUUGUGCCACUUUAGUAACAAUCACGUAACCCAAGGACACAAUAUUCUUGAAAGUAAACUGUUUUUUUUUUGAUGAAGAGAAAUAAACAAAGUUUGUGACCGCGGCAGCUUAGAUGGGUUAAUUGGAUGCCGCCAGUUGACAUGUACGUGCAAUGACCAAAUAUACUCGGCAAAGAUGACCUCGGUUUGGAUAACAAUGAUGUGGAAAAUCCUUCUCAUGGUACCUGGGCAUGGUGGACACAGGCAGUGAAAAGAAAAAACGUUCACAUUUGUUAAAACGGAUAAAUUUGUUCAAAUGUCUCAGUUCAGCUCAUGACCUAUUGAUAGUUUUUAAAAAAUACAAAAGCCAUGGAUAUCUCCAGCCCGUAGCACAGCACUGUGUCGUGAUCUAUUGUAUUCUCUAUUGAAGAUUUUUAAAACUGUUGCCUGAAACAAAGAGAUGACAGCUGUUCUGAUUGUUUGAGCUAUUUAAACAUUAGAAAAAUUUAAUAUGUAUCAACAUUCCUUCAUAUUCCAUUUGCAGUAUUUCAUAGUGUAUGUACAUCAUUAUGACUGUUUUCAUUCAAAAAAAAAUUUGGAGGUUAGUGUAUAAGAUGUUUAAUAAAACUUUAAUGUUUACAAGAUGUAUAGAGCCUCUGGUCUCAAAAAUGCUUAAAAAGUACUGGUGCAUGUUGUGUUUGAGUUUUUAUACUUAAUAUAUUUCUGCAAUAAAACAUUAU